AUGGAAAACCAGCCCACAUACAUGGUACAACAAGUUAAAGCAGUGACCUAUGAUGAUGUGCACAUCAACUUCACUAAGGAAGAGUGGGGUUGGCUGAAUCCUUCCCAGAAGAAUCUCUACAAAGAUGUGAUGCUGGAGACCUAUAGGAACCUAACUACUAUAGGAUACAUUUGGGAAGACCUUAACACCGAAGAGCAUUCUCACUGUUCUAGAAGACAUGCAAGUCAUCUUCAAAAGAUUAAAAGAAUAUAUACUAGAGAGACACCCUAUGAAUAUAAUCAAUGUGGUAAAACCAUUGCACAGUGUACUGUUUUUCAAACACAUCAAAGAAUACAAACUGGAGAAAAACCCUAUGAAUGUAAUCAGUGUGGUAAGGCCUUUGCACGUCAUAAUCAUCUUCAAUUGCAUAAAAGAACACAUACUGGAGAGAAACCUGAUAAAUGUAAUCAGUGUGGUAAGGCCUUUGCACAAGAGAGUAGUCUUCAAAUCCAUAAAAGAUCACAUACUGGAGAUAAACACUAUGAAUGUAAUCAGUGUAGUAAGGCCUUUGCAUGCCAGAGUAAACGUCAAAGCCAUAAAAGAACACAUACUGGAGAGAAACCCUAUGAAUGUAAUCAGUGUGGUAAGGCCUUUGCAAGUCACAGUGAUCUUCAAAGGCAUAAAAGAACACAUACUGGAGAGAAACCCUAUGAAUGUAAUCUGUGUGGUAAGGUCUUUGCACGUCACAGUGAUCUUCAAAGGCAUAAAAGAACACAUACUGGAGAGAAACCCUAUGAAUGUAAUCAGUGUGGUAAGGCCUUUGCACGACAUUGUCACCUUCAAUUGCAUAAAAGAACACAUACUGGAGAGAAACCCUACGAAUGUAAUCAGUGUGGUAAGGCCUUUGGCCAGCCCUGUAAUCUUCAAUCACAUAAAAGAACACAUACUGGAGAGAAACCCUAUGAAUGUAAUCACUGUGGUAAGGCCUUUGCACGUCACAGUUAUCUUCAAGUGCAUAAAAGAACACAUACUGGAGAGAAACCCUAUGAAUGUAAUCAGUGUGGUAAGGCCUUUGCACGUCACAGUCAUCUUCAAGUGCAUAAAAGAACACAUACUGGAGAGAAACCCUAUGAAUGUAAUCAGUGUUAUAAGGCCUAUGCACAUCACAGUGAUCUUCAAAGGCAUAAAAGAACACAUACUGGAGAGAAACCCUAUGAAUGUAAUCAGUGUGGUAAGGCCUUUGCACAGAACAUUUCUCUUCAAUACCAUAAAAGAACACAUACUGGAGAAAAACCCUAUGAAUGUAAUCAGUGUGGUAAGGUCUUUGCACUAAACAGACAUCUUCAAAGGCAUAAAAGAACACAUACUGGAGAGAAACCCUAUGAAUGUAAUCAAUGUUGUAAGGCCUUUGCACAUCACAGUGAUCUUCAAAGGCAUAAAAGAACACAUACUGGAGAGAAACACUAUGAAUGUAAUCAGUGUGGUAAGGCCUUUGCACAACAUAGUACUCUUCGAAUGCAUAGAAGGACACAUACUGGAGAGAAACCCUAUGAAUGA